GUCCAACAGCUUCCCACUGAAUCCAGAUCUAAGGAAUCUUAACCAAAAACCGUCUUUUUAAAUUACCUUCAGAUAGGCUUAUUAUUGACACAUUCCUGAUUUCUGUCUUUAUUCGUUAGUUCCCGAAGACAGUCUGGCUCUUAAUUCCCCAGACGCAUUUUUUCACGCAAAGCUCUGGUGUUCGACCAUCAUGGCUGCUUGUUUCCACAUAAACUCAGAGGAUUUGAAACAACCAUCGGGUUCACAGGUUGUAUACCGGGAGGACUGCACACAAUGUUUUGACACUGUAGACGAAGAGCAGGGAAUAAACGUCUGUCUCUCUUGCUUCAAUGGUGGAUGUGCUCAUGAUAGAAAUCAUGCUCUACUACACUUCAAAAGAUUUGGCCAUCCUCUAGCCCUCAAUAUCAAGCGGUCGCGCAAGAAGAUUCAAAGAGAUGAACCCCCUCAAAAAGUUUCAAAGCUUGCAAUUGCUGCCGAGACGGAUGACGACCAAUUCGAUACAAGCACCCGUGUCCUCUGUUAUCAUUGCUACCAGAACGAUAUCGAUAAGUCAAGUGGUAAUUUACCAUCCGUUAUUGAGGGUGUCAUGUCGGCAAUGCCUUUCUCGAAGAGGGAAGAAGUCAAAGCUUGGGAGCAAGAGUUUGUUCCUUGCGAGCACACACUUUGCAUUGACCAAAGUAGCCCGAGGCAGCUUGAGUCGCAAGAACUCGCGCAAUGCUCCAUGUGCAACCUUAAGGAGAAUCUAUGGCUAUGUCUAGAAUGUGGUAACCUUGGAUGUGGUCGAAGUCAAUUCGGUGGCGUAGGCGGCCAUUCGCAUGGUCUCGCUCACUUUGAAACCACUUCCCAUGCAAUUGCAGUGAAACUUGGUUCAAUAACCGCUGAGGGCUCCGCAGAUAUCUUCUGUUAUAGAUGCAAUGAGGAAAGAAUCGACCCCCAUCUUGCCCAACACCUUGGCCAUUGGGGUAUCAACCUGGCUGACAGGGAGAAAACAGAAAAGAGUUUGAUGGAACUGCAGGUUGAGCACAACCUAAGAUGGGAGUUCUCAAUGACUACAGAAGAUGGCCACGAGCUUAGACCGUUAUUUGGUCCUGGUUUCACUGGCCUCAAAAACCUAGGUAACAGCUGUUACCUGUCAAGUGUGAUCCAGUGCCUCUUCAAUUUGUCAGAGUUUCAAAAUCGGUACUAUCAUCCCGAUGACGAGCCCCCAUUUUCGCAGAAGCCGGCCGAGGAUCUCGAGACGCAGAUGCGCAAAUUGGCAGACGGGAUCCUCUCAGGCCGCUACUCCAAACCCGCAACUGAUGUAAGCGCCUCCCCAGAUACACCUGAAGUUCCACAUCAAAGUGGCUUAGCACCAGCUAUGUUCAAACAUCUCGUUGGUCGCGGUCAUGAAGAAUUCUCCACAAUGAGACAGCAGGAUGCUUUUGAAUUUCUGCUCCAUCUCUUCAAACUUGUCAGCUUGUCUAAGCAUACGGGAGGGUUGCGUAACCCGAUAGAGUCGUUUGCAUUCUCUGUGGAGCAACGUCUCCAGUGCUUACACUGCAGAAAGGUUCGCUACAGAGUGGAUCAACAAGAUAACGUCUCUCUGUCCGUUCCCGCUCGCAUUUCAAAGUCUGUACACGAGGAGGAUAGUCCCACCAAAUUCGAAAGUGUGACUAUAUCGGAAUGUCUUGAUGCCUUUACGAGUGAGGAAAGAGUGGAUCUACGCUGUCCUUCCUGUAACAGCGAGGAUGGUUUUUCCAAACGUUCCAUGUUCAAGACUUUGCCGCAAGAAUUGGUUAUUAACGCCCGGCGCUUCGAGCUCGUUAACUGGGUACCGACGAAGCUCGAUAUCCCUGUGGAGGUGGGUGAAGGACCGAUAGACUUCACCAGAUAUCUUGCCCCCAGCCCCAGUGAAGGCGAAGAGCUUCUCCCGGAUGUCGAGCCGCCCGCCCAAAAAUUCGUACCUAACGAAAUUGCUCUUAACCAGUUGCUCGGCAUGGGGUUUCCGCAGAUCAGAAGUGAAAAUGCCCUCUUUGUUACGGGCAACUCAGAUGCAGAAGCUGCAAUGAAUUGGUUAUUUGCACACAUGGAUGAACCCGAUAUUGAUGAACCACUUGCCCAGAAAGGUUCCGUGGAGACAUCGUUGGAAACUCAAAAAGAUUCGGCCGAAGUGACCCAGUUAUCUGAAAUGGGCAUUGAUGUCAAUCGGGCUAGGAUUGCAUUGGCUGCAGUUGGGAAUGAUGUCAACAGGGCAAUUGACUGGGUGUUCAGUCAUCCUGAAGACCCAAUAGAAACGGGGAUCGAUACUCAAGCGGGGGAUAGCCGCAGUAACCGUAGUGUCGGUUUUGAUGCUUCUCCCGCUCGCUACCGCCUUCACUCGAUUGUUUGCCAUAAAGGCACCUCCGUUCAUGCUGGACACUAUGUCGCAGUCGUGCGCAAAGCUUUGCCGGGUCAGAACGAUUCUGCCUGGGUCAUGUACAACGAUGAGAAGGUUGUCAUGGUGGACGAUAUACAGAAGCUGAAGAAUUCCGCCUAUCUUUACUUCUUCUCGCGGGUCUAGAUUUGAUUUGAAGGUGCUGUCAAGUCUGAUGUCCAGACGCCUAGGUUUAAUGUAGAGUUCGUCACAAUCUGGAAAAAUGUCGCAAAC